AUGAGUGUCGUCCGCGAGCCUUUCGGUCCCAAGCAACGGCACCGCGCGCGCCCUUUUGACCUCACGCCACCAGCUGCGCUGAAACUCAUGUCUAAUAGCGAGCGGGGCAAAUACUACCGCCGUCGCCGUCACCGCUAUAGUAAAUAUCUCGAAAGCCACGUGGCCGAGCUCCGGGAUGAGAUUGCCGCAUUGACCGUCUCCCGUCAAGUGCAGCAGGAGCUGGCUCUCUCACAGCGACGUACACCGCUCGGUGCCGCAGCUCUUAUUGUGAACGAGUACUGCUUGCUCUUCAACCAUGGAACGCCUGUGCGUUUGGCCGUGAACGAGUCAGACGCGUCCGCGUCGUUCGUAGCACAGGCCACGAGUACGCAACGCGGCUUUCUGCAGGCUGUAGUGGUGGACCGCCUUCGCUUUGGCGACUUUGUUGGCAUGGACCUCAUGUUGUCCCAGUGGGAACGCUACUCACUGUACCAUUCGGCCAUUGACUGGAGGAUGGAGUCCCUGGACGUGAUUCAGCCGGUUGAGUCUCGAGACCUGACGGCCGCUGCUGAGUGCGACGACGACGGACCGCUUGUGGUCUCGAUCACUGCGACUUUGCGCGUGCAGUUUUCGCAACGCACGAUCGAGAAUGUGUUUCCGCACUUGGUCGGCGACGAAGCGUUGACGCAGUUACUCGUGGGACUAGUCAUCACGUACCCGUGUAUCAAUCACUUUCACUUUGACCAGAACGGCGUGAUCGAGUGGUAUGCCCCCGAGAUCGACUUUGUCGGUGGGCUCAUGAAGGCACUAAAGAGCCCAGCGCUCGUGGCGCGCAUCAUGGGCAACGCACUGAUCGAGAAGGAACACAUGCUUGGCGACGAUAGUGACGGGCGCCGGUUUGCUGUCGUGACAGAGGAAGAGCAGGAGGAGGAGCUUGCUACUGCUGCUAUCCGGCAAACACCCGGUAGCCCCGUGCCAAGCCCUAUGGAGCAAAGUCACCGCGAUACGUCACCGAGUGAUGCCAAUGUACGGGACGACGCACCGGUCGCUCCCUCAUCGUUCCUCGACCGCUCGCAUCGAAAUCGCCUCGAGCUCUCUUAUAUUCUAGCAGCCGAGUAG